GCUUUCAAGAAACCCAACAUAACAAUGCCGGAAUCCAGAGAUGGGAAACUGUCGAGACCUGAAGAGGUCCGGCAUUCUUGGAAUUUUAGCUGAUGAAUCGGAUAGGAGCUCCAACUUGUUCGGGUCUCCUUCCCGGCGUGGUGGGGUCGGAAGGGGCCGGAAAAGGCCAUGGCCGUGACCGGGCUGUUACGGAUCGCCUUCGAAUCCUCCGGCUGUGUUGCCAUCUUGGGAUCCAAGAAGACCUCUCGGUGACAUCACACAUGUUGUUCGGGAGAAGGGCCCGCUUGAAAGAAAUUGAGGAUGAGCGCAUUCCUACUGCAAUACCCUAGGAGCAGGAUACUUUACCCGCAUCUACUGCUCAACUCGACCCUCCAAAGAUUCUGCCUGAUAUCACUGAUCAGACUGGUGGAGAAUCAGAUUUUCUCACACCCCAUAAGAAACUCCUUCACUCAAUUAACGCGGUUGAGAAAGCAAUGAGGAAUAAUUGGGGAAACUAUAGAGAAUUCCAAUGCAAAGAAGGCCCUGAGAGAAAAAGGGAUAUGUCAAUGGGUUGAUUGACUGGGUUUCAGGGAAAUGAAGAUGGAGACAACAGAACCGAUAAGGAUCAGAAGAAAAUAGAAUUGACAACGAGCCUGCCUGGAGUGCUUUUGCAGUAUAAAUAUAAGCUUUUCAGAAACUGCAUCACAUAUGUUGAAGAAACCUGGAAAAGCUUUAGGGUGGUGGUCUGUUUCAUUUGUUAGCUGUAGGGAAGAAAAAAUGGCCGCCAAACAAGAAGUUGAGAAGGGUAAUGGCAAUAUAACAGAGCCACUUAUUGUGCAAGAGAAGCAAGGAGAAGCACAAAUCAAGAGCAACAAUGGUGGUCUACGAAUGGUUCUUCUUAGUAUAUUUGUUGCUGUCUGUGGCUCUUUCGAAUUUGGGUCAUGUGCAGGAUACUCUGCACCUGCCCAGUAUGGCAUAAUGAAUGAGCUUGGGCUGUCUUACUCACAGUACUCAGUUUUUGGAUCCAUAUUGUCCAUUGGUGCAAUGAUCGGUGCCAUCUCAAGUGGGUGGAUUGCUGAUUCCAUUGGUCGAAAAGGGGCCAUGAGAAUGUCAUCCAUGGUCUGUAUUGCAGGAUGGAUCACGGUCUACUUAUCUUUUGGAUCUGUUUCUCUUGAUUCUGGCAGAUUUUUACUAGGAUAUGGUAUUGGUAUUCUUUCUUAUGUGAUACCAGUGUUCAUUGCUGAAAUAACACCUAAAAAUCAUCGAGGAACACUAGCAACAGCAAAUCAGCUCUUUAUUGUUACUGGGUUGUUCAUUGCCUUUGUAGUAGGUGCAUUUGUAACAUGGAGGACAUUGGCGUUAACCGGAAUCCUCCCAUGCAUGGUUCUGCUGGUGGGUCUAUUUUUCAUUCCAGAGUCCCCUAGAUGGCUGGCAAGGGCUGGCUAUGAGAGAGAAUUUAAAGCUGAACUACAAAAGCUUAGGGGUGUAGAAGCUGAUAUUUCUGAAGAAGAGGCUGAAAUCCAAGAAUAUAUGGUAACUCAUCAGCUCCUCCCUAAAGUUGGCAUAAUGGUUUUGCUUGAUGAACAAAAUGUCCGUUCGGUCAUUGUUGGAGUUGGUUUGAUGGUGUUUCAGCAGUUCGGGGGAUAUAAUGGGAUUGUCUUCUAUGCUGAUCAAAUCUUUGUAUCUGCAGGAGUCCCUCCUAACCUAGGAGGCAUUCUCUAUUCUUCUCUACAGGUCAUUGUUACUGCAUUUGGGGCAAGCUUGAUUGACAGACUUGGGAGAAGACCCCUUUUAAUGGUUUCUGCAUUUGGUUUGCUUCUUGGAUGUCUACUAACUGGAAUUUCCUUCUUUCUAAAGGCCCAUCAACUGGCACCCAAUUUGGUUCCAAUCCUUGCAGUGACCGGCAUCAUGGUUCAUAUAGGCUUCUAUUCAGUGGGAUUGGGGCCAAUUCCUUGGCUUAUAAUGUCUGAGAUCUUCCCACUACAUGUAAAGGCAAUUGCUGGAAGCCUAGUGACAUUGGUGAACUGGUUUGGUGCUUGGGCCGUAUCCUACACUUUUAACUUUCUCAUGACCUGGAGCUCACAUGGUACAUUUUUCGGGUAUGCUUUUGUUUGUGCAGCAGCUAUAGUAUUCAUAAUCAUGGUGGUACCUGAAACAAAAGGCCAAACUCUCGAAGAAAUUCAAGCUUCCAUGAACCGAUGAUUGCCAUGUCAUUCAAGCGAGCUAUACAGAGAGCAAGAUCAGUUGAGUUUUUCGUUUAUUCUGUGGUAUUGUUCUAUCAUCAAUGCGGUUCAGUGCCCUCAUACAUCACCAUCAAUAAAUACCUCGUCUCUCUAUUUUCCAAGGAAGAUUGUGUUUGGAUUUCUUGGUUUGUAUCUUCCACAGAAUCAAUGACAUUAUGAAGUUUGUCGAGCC